AUGGAUAUCUCUUCCCUGCUAGAGGGAUCCAGAGAUCCUCCUGCGACUUCUCCAGGCUCUGUCUCACAUUACCCUGCCAACAAUUCCCUGCCCAGAAUUGAUAUGGACUCGAGCUAUACUCGUAACACACAACAACCCAACUUGAUGCCUCUCCAACCAAGCAUCCAACAAACAUUGCCCACUCGCUUUCAACCACCUGCCUUCUCAUCACAAAGCUUCAACCCUCAACUACCGCCUUUCCACCAACAACAGAGCUUUGGCCAGCUACCUCCCAUCACGACCCCGGAUCAAAGACUACCUCCUCCGCCUGUCAAUGGCUACACAGCUAACGGCCCUGUCAACAAGCGACUGGCUCCUUCUGGUCCCCACCCUUCCGAGUCACCAGCAAAGAAGAAGCAAUCCAAGUGGAGCCCCGAAGAGGAUGCUGCCAUCAUUGAGCUUCGUGGUAACGGUAUGAAGUGGGAGGAUAUUUCUAAGCACUUGCCCGGCCGUAGUGCCAUCAGCUGCAGACUUCGCUUCCAGAACUACCUUGAGCGUCGCUCGGAGUGGGAUGAUGAGAAGAAGAACAAGCUUGCUCGUCUUUAUGAAAGGUUCAAGAAGGAUAUGUGGGAGAAGAUUGCCAAGGAGAUGGCGCUGCCAUGGCGAGCUGCCGAGGCAAUGCACUGGCAGAUUGGUGAGGUCGAGAUGGCCAGCCGUGCCAACGUUCCAGUUUUCCAUCUUGCUGGUUCUGCUUCGCAAUCCCAGUCACAAUCACAAACCAACGCUUCAAGAGCACAGCACUACUACUCGGCUUCGAGCUCGACUUCGGCUUCGGCUGGUCCUGGUGAGCCUCGCAGCAGUAGCACUUCGCCCACGACAUCGGCCCACGGCCACUACCCGCCGCCUUACACCUUCGCUCAACAAACUCACAGCCACACUCUACCGCAAAUGGUCCAAUCACAGCCUCUCUCACCCGGCAGCUCAAGGUCGCGCAGGAACAGUGCAACCUCACUCAGCGGUGCAGACAUCAGAAAUCGUGCAGACAGUGCACGCGAUUCUGUUAUUCCUCAACCACGAACAACACUCGAGCCACAUCGACAGCACAUUCACAAGCGUUACGUUAGUCCCUUCGCCGACAAGGUCUCAGACAGCGAGACCAACUGA